GGGCAUCCUGGUGUCGACUGUGAGUUCCCAGCAGAGGCCCAGAGUCCCGGUCCGGCAGCCGAGGGAAGCGGCGGGGUCUUCCAGAAGAAGAAAGGGCCAAGGUCACCCCGGUGCCUCUCCAGCAGCAGCAGAGGGCGGCGGUCGGGGUCGCUGCUGGCCGGGGCCUCGAGGAAGGCGCGGGCCAGCUGGGGCCGGGUCUGCGUUCCCAGGCGCUGCCACCGUUCCAGGGAGCAAAUCAGCCCGGGACGUAGCGCCUGCGCGGGACCCUCACUUGCCACCAAGACCCCCACAAACCCCGCCCCAUCCUGCCUUACGCCCCGCCCCAAGGUCGUUCUCCCGACCCGGGGUCCCGCCCCAAGGCCGUCCUCCCGCCCCGCCGCUUGGUGGCGGCCGCAUGCUGCCCGGAUAUAAAGGGUCGGCCCCACAUCCCAGGGACCAGCGAGCGGCCUUGAGAGGCUCUGGCUCUUGCUUCUUAGGCGGCCCGAGGACGCCAUGGCCGAGUGCCCGACACUCGGGGAGGCAGUCACCGACCACCCGGACCGCCUGUGGGCCUGGGAGAAGUUCGUGUAUUUGGACGAGAAGCAGCAUGCCUGGCUGCCCUUAACCAUCGAGAUAAAGGAUAGGUUACAGUUACGGGUGCUCUUGCGUCGGGAAGACGUCGUCCUGGGGAGGCCUAUGACCCCCACCCAGAUAGGCCCAAGCUUGCUGCCUAUCAUGUGGCAGCUCUACCCUGAUGGACGAUACCGAUCCUCAGACUCCAGUUUCUGGCGCUUAGUGUACCACAUCAAGAUUGACGGCGUGGAGGACAUGCUUCUCGAGCUGCUGCCAGAUGACUGAUGUAUGGUCUUGGCAGCACCUGUCUCCUUUCACCCCAGGGCCUGAGCCUGGCCAGCCUACAAUGGGGAUGUUGUGUUUCUGUUCACCUUCGUUUACUACACCUGUGUCUUCUUCUCCAUCACGCUGGGGUCUGGGAGGAAUGGACAGACAGAGGAUGAGCUCUACCCAGGGCCUGCAGGACCUGCCUGUAGCCCACUCUGCUCGCCUUAGCACUACCACUCCUGCCAAGGAGGACUGCAUUUGGCAGAGCUUCUUCCAGGUGCCCAGCUGUACCUGUGCCUCAGCUUUUCUCAGCUGGCUGAUGGUCUUCGGCCUCUUUCUGUCCCUUCUGUCCCUCACAGCACUAGUGUUUCAUGUUGCACACCCACUCAGCUCCGUGAACUUGUGAGAACACAGCCGAUUCACCUGAGCAGGACCUCUGAAACCCUGGACCAGUGGUCUCACGUGGUGCUACGCCUGCACGUAAACACGCCUGCAAACGCUGCCUGCCCACACAGGUUCAGGUGCAGCUCAAGGAAAGGCCUGAAAGGAGCCCUUAUCUGUUCUCAGGACUCAGAAGCCUCUGGGUCAGUGGUCCACAGCCCGGGACGCAGCAGGAGGCCAGGCCGGCGAGCCCUGUGGAUGAGCCCUCAGAACCCUUGGCUUGCCCACGUGGAAAAGGGAUAGAGGUUGGGUUUCCCCCGUUUUAUAGAUGGUCACGCACCUGGGUGUUACAAAGUUGUAUGUGGCAUGAAUACUUUUUGUAAUGAUUGAUUAAAUGCAAGAUAGUUUAUCU